AUGGCGGCGCCCAGGAGCGCGGAAGGUACGGGCCCCGGCGGCUCUCUGGGCCGCGUGGCUCGCCUGAAGCGGAAAGGCGGGCGAGGGUCUCGCCGCGGUCCUGGGGCCGGCGGGGAAGGGGCCCUCAAACGGCUCAAACUAGCGGUGGAGGAGUUCGUACAGACGACCUCCGAGGGCGAGGCUCCCGGCGGCUUCAGGGGCCGCGGAGCCGGGGUGGGCUCCCGCCCCGACGGCAAGAAGAGCCGCAAGGAGCUGAGAAAGGAGAAACGGCGCUUGAGGAAGGCCCGCCGCCUGCAGCGGACGGCGGGCAGCACCCAGAGCCCCGGAGCCCCCCGAUCACGAGAGGAGGCGCGCAGCGCCCGCCGCCCCGCCGCGAAGGCCCCCUCGUCACCCGGGCCGCCGCCGGCCAAGGCCAAGGCCCCCCGACCCCCGGCCAGGGCUCCCCCUGCGCACACCGGGCCCUCAGCGGCCGCCAGCGCCGCUGCCCGCCGACGGGCGCUGCUGGCGGCCAACGAGGAGGAGGACCGAGAGAUCCGGAAGCUGGCGCGCUGCCUCGGCCUGAACAAGCGCAAGAAGAAAGGCGACGGCGGCUCCGUGCCGCUUAGCUUUGCACGCGAUGGGCUGGACUACAUCCUGGGAGCCCUGGAGUCCGGGAAGAGCUGCGGCUUGUACGACAGCAGUGGGGAGGAGGAGGAGGAGGAGGAGGGGGCGGACGCCGCGGAGACGCCCCCCGACAGUGAUCUGGAGAGCGACUCCGAGGAGGGAAGUGAGGACGAGGGGGACGAAGUAGAGGAGGAAGACAAAGCUCAGGAGGCGGCUGAGGGCGCGCAGCAGGAAGAGGAAACCGCGGCCAGGGAGACGGGAAGGGGCAGCAAGAGGGUCCGCUUCGCAGAAGACGGAGGCGCGAGUGACAGCUCCUCAGAGGAUGGGGACGCAGAUGAUCAGAGUCUUUAUGAAAGUGCUGAGAAGUACACCCCUCCUCAGGUGAGGCGAGCUGAGGGGACGGUGGAUGUCCAGAAACAGGAGGAGCUGGACAGGCUGAAGAAACAGGUGAAGGGUCUGAUCAACAGGUUGAGUGAACCAAACAUGGCAUCCAUAAGUGGACAGCUGGAGGAGCUGUACAUGGCCCACAGCAGAAAGGACAUGAAUGACACCCUGACUGCCGCCCUCAUGGGCGCCUGUGUCACCGCCGCCGCUAUGCCUAGCAGACUGAUGAUGGAGCACGUCCUCUUGGUCAGCAUUCUUCACCACACUGUUGGAAUCGAGGUCGGUGCUCACUUUCUGGAGGCUGUGGUGAGGAAGUUCGAUGACGUGUAUAAACAUGGCAGUGAAGGGAAAGAAAGUGAUAACCUCUUUACCAUUAUUGCCCAUUUGUACAACUUCCACGUGGUGCAGUCUCUGCUCAUCUUUGACAUUUUGAAAAAGCUUGUUGGAACUUUCACAGAAAAAGAUAUUGAACUGAUCCUCUUAAUGCUGAAAAACGUGGGCUUUUCAUUGAGAAAAGAUGACGCUUUGUCACUGAAGGAGCUGAUCACUGAAGCGCAGACCAAAGCCAGCGGAGCAGGCGGCAAGUUCCAGGACCAGACCAGGGUGCGGUUUAUGCUGGAGACCAUGUUGGCGCUGAAGAACAAUGACAUGCGCAAAAUUCCAGGCUACGAUCCCGAGCCAGUGGAGAAACUGAGGAAAUUGCAGAGAGCUCUGGUCCGCAGCGCUGCCUCAGGUACGGAGACUCAGCUUCGCGUCUCCUGGGACAGUGUCUUGAAUGCCGAGCAGACAGGUCGCUGGUGGAUUGUGGGGUCUGCGUGGAGCGGGGCCCCAAUGAUCGACAGCAGUCGUCAUUCACAGCCACAGAAGGAGCUUCCGGGGACGGUUAGCUCAAAGAUACUAGAACUUGCCCGAAAACAGAGGAUGAACACUGACAUCAGGAGAAACAUAUUCUGUACAAUAAUGACCAGUGAGGAUUUUUUGGAUGCUUUUGAAAAGCUUCUAAAGCUUGGACUGAAGGAUCAGCAGGAAAGAGAAAUAGUCCAUGUUCUUUUGGAUUGCUGCCUUCAAGAAAAAACUUAUAAUCCCUUCUAUGCAUUCUUGGCCAGCAAAUUCUGUGAAUAUGAAAGAAGAUUUCAGAUGACUUUCCAGUUCAGCAUUUGGGACAAAUUUCGGGACUUAGAAAAUCUGCCAGCCAUUAAUUUCUCCAAUUUGGUUCACCUGGUGGCCCACUUGUUGAAGACAAAAUCGCUCCCACUUUCCAUUUUAAAGGUAGUUGAAUUCAGUGAAUUGGACAAACCCAGAGUUCACUUUUUGAGAAAAGUGUUGAAUAUUCUGUUAAUGGAAACAGAAGCUGAAGACCUUGGCUUAAUUUUUGCAAGGGUAUCUGACAACCCAAAGCUGGGCAUGUUGCGAGAAGGCUUGAAGCUCUUCAUCAGCCACUUCUUACUAAAGAAUGCGCAGGCCCACACAAGUGUUGAGGAAGCUAACCUGCUGCGAGAGAGAGCUGAUCUUGCAGCCAAGUCUCUGCAGGGAAAAGCUUCCCUGCGAAUGUAGCAGAGGGGAGGCGUGGAGGGUCUGCUCUGACUGUGAGGUGUCCUUUGUGAACCCGGAGAGCUUCCUCGGUUACAUCAUGUCUGUUGUAUUUUACUUAUUUAUUUUCAUUUUGUUUGAAAGACGGAGACAGAUCUUCCAUCCUCUGGUUCACUUCUCAAGUGCCUGCAACAGCCAGGGCUGGGCCAGGCCAAAGCUAUAAGCCCAGAACUCAAGUCUCUUAUGGGGAUGUCAGGGACCCCGGAACUCCAUCCGGGCCUCCCAUGUGGAUGUCAGAGACCUCAGAACUCCAUCCGGGUCUCCCAUGUGGAUGUCAGGGACCCCAGAACUCCAUCCAGGUCUCCCAUGUGGAUGUCAGGGACCCAAACACUUGAGCCAUCAUCUGCACACUCGCUGGACUCCAGUGUGGGAUGCAGGCAUCCCAGGUCGGGACCUCAUCACUGUACAGACACCUGCCCUGAUACAUUUACAAGGCACAUAUCUUGGGACAGUUUUUAAUUCAAGGUUAUGUUGUGCUUGUGUUUUCAAAUAAUUGUAUAUUUGUGUUAUAUGCACACACAUACAUGCAGUGGGAGAUAAAGGAAGGAGGGAGGGGCAGGCGUAGUGGAUAGAGUAUUCUGUAAGCAGUGAGGCUGGAUUUUGUAAAAUAGGUGAAAUAGGCCACCAGAGGGUGCAGUCAUGUAAAUUGAUGUUUUUAUAUUUUGUAUUAAUCAGAAGUUCAGAAACCAUGAAUUAAAUGUGAUACAUGGUAUUUGAUUAUUUUUUUAAAGAUUUAUUUAUUUAUUUGAAAGUCAGAGUUACACAGAAAGAGGAGAGGCAGAGAGAGGUCUUCCAUCUGCUGGUUCACUCCCCAAUUAGCCACAAUGGCCGGUGCUGCGCCAAUCCGAAGCCAAGAACCAGGAGCUUCUUCCAGGUCUCCCAUGCGGGUGCAGGGGCCCAAGGACUUGGGCCAUCCUCUACUGCUUUGUGAGGCCAUAGCAGAGAGCUGGACUGGAAGUGGAUCAAGCCAGGAUUUGAACUGGUGCCCAUAUGAGAUGCCAGUGCUUCAGGCCAGGGCGUUAACCCACUACGCCACAGCGGCGGCCCCAGUCUUUAUAAUUUUUAUAUAUCACAUCUACUCAUCAGUUCCACAUUGUACAUGUAGUUUCUUAACUCUGAAGUCACCAAAUAGAUUGACCAUUUAAAUGGGUGCUGCUCUUUUCUGUCUCUCUCUUUCUCAUCUGUCAAAUUAAAAAAUAAAAUAAAUAGGUGCUGUUUAUCUGCUGGUUUUUUUGUUUUACACAUGAAGAAGACAUAAUUACUGCCUGCAAGAAAUUAGCAUUUAGUGAGAGACAAACACAGAUGCACUUACUAACUAUGGAAAACUGAUUCUGUGAGGAAGUAGAGGUGUCUGGAUACCCAGCACCUACCACAGAUACACAAGUGUUUGUUGUUUUCUCAGGUAAAAAUUAGCUUCUGCCUCUCAAAUGCCAUAGACUUGAUUUAAAUUUUACCUUCACUUGUUGAAAAAAAGAAGCCUAAGAUGUGAGUGUAGAAUAGUGUUUUAGAAGUUGUGUGUCAGAAAUCCGUGCACCCUUCUGAGCACCAUCCAGAGCUGUCACCUGGGGCAGAUGGCCUUGGGCUCUGAUAAUGUGGCUCCCUGUGCCAAACAUCCCUUUUGUCACAUUUCCAAAUAGUUCCUUGAUGUGGCACCAUAGCAGUUUGUGUUUAGAAAUCACAGUGUGAAGUCCUAAGUAUCUGUCCUUGAAUUAAUGCAAUACACUUUGAAAUGGGCAAGCAAUGCAGAAAUCAUUGUUAGUGCUAAGAAUAACUGCAAAAAUAAGAACUAAUGGCCUUUUACAUGCUUGUUAACCAUAUAUUCAGAAAAACUUCAUUUGACCUAACAUCAGAUUAAGCCCAUUGGGUCUGAAUGAAAUGUGAAAUCUUCACUUCAUUGAGGGGCUUUUUAACAAAAAAAAUGUUUUUGCUGGAUGGUUAUUGAGCUGUGCAGGUCAGUUCUCAAAUAUAUGUAACAGCAGGUUACACAAACAGCAAACCUUGUUUGAGGUACAGAGGAGUUCACGCUCACUUUUCUGCAAAAGACACACUCCUAUAAACAGUCUCGUUUUUCUUACAUUGCCCUUUAUUGGAAUAAAAGGAUGGAUGUUUGGCAUAGCUGUUAAGAUGCCACUUAGAGUACCUGCAUCCCGUGUCAUUGGCUGGGUUCCACUCCCAGCUCCAGCUCCUGACUCCAGCCUUCUGCUAAUGCAGACCCUGGGAGUCAACAGUGGUGGCUCGGGUAGAGUUCCUGCCACCCAUAGGGGACACAGGGACUGAGGGGUUCCUGGCUACCGGCUGGCCUGGCCCAGCCCUGGCUAUUGGGGGCAUUUGGAAAGUGAACCAAUGGAUGGGAGAUCUGUUGUGUGUGUCUGCCUUUCAAAUAAAAGUUUAAAACAAAAAUUGUGCCACAGAAAAUAUUUGUGACUUAAUUCAUUACCUGUGUUUUGACUCAUUACAUGGCAAGUUGCUCUUAAGUCUGUAGUUUAAAAACUAUUGAGAGGAUCCUCUCUCUGUCUCUACCUCUCUCUGUAACUAUCUUUCAAAUAAAUAAAAUUUUUAAAAAAUAAAAAACACUAUUGAGAGGGAAAGGGGAGAGAGCUCCAUUUGCUUCCUCACUCCCCAAAUACAACAAGUAGGACUGGGGCCAGACUGAAGCUAGGAACCAGGAAGGUUUCCCUUGGUAUUCCCAAGGGUAUUAGGGACCCAUGCGCUGGGUUGGCACUGCUGCCACCCAGGGAUGGCAUUGGCAGGAAGUAGGAGUCAGCUGGGAAUCAAACCCAGGCCUUUCAACAUGGGAUGCUGGUGUCUUCACCACUAGGCUGAGCACCUGCUUCAGUGUGUGUAGUUUUUAACAAAAUAUGAGUUAUACCUGAUGGUAGUACUUUAGUAUAAAUGACAAAUACAUCCUGACCAAAAAGUGGGACUCCUUAUUGCUUUUAAAUAUAUAGGCUUAAAUAUAUAUAUGUAGGUUUUUAAAAUUGGUCACAAUAAUACCUACAUUUGAAAAAUAGCAAAUGCUUAGACAAUUAAUAUUUGGUGUGUGUGUGUGUGUGUGUUUGUGGACUUGAAAUGCUAAUUGAGAUCUAUUAAUGUAUAGAAUUGCUAAAAAGACUUAAGGGGUUUAGAAAACAUUCAUAAAGGUAUAAGGAACAAAGUUUUUAAAGUA